UGGACUCCUUGUGUUUGUGUUGGCAGGAGUUUUUAUGCAUGUCUAUGUGUGUGUGUGCAUUUAAGAUUGGGGGUUUAGUAACAGCGUUGUGCUGCAGAGAUCCAUGGGAAAUGUUGUAUAUUCCUGUUGCUUUGCAACCACUGUUCUCUGGCCAGAUGGCAGGAGAGAGAGAAACAGAGAGCCCGUCUCAGGACCUCGCCUGCCUUACACCCCCUUUUCCUGCGCUGAAGAGCGAUGUGUUUUCUACAGAGCCUCCUAAUGAACUUUAACACAAGCCAAAGGACUUUCUCAGGCUUUCUGAGGGCUUGAUCAGAACGAAUCUGUUAGAGAGGAAAGUGCUCUGUAUGCCGAGGGUCUUUUCCCCAGUCAUGGGAUGCAUGUUUUCUUUGCCUCAGGACAGACUGGCUGCUGCGGAGAGAACACCACAAAUACGUGAGACCAGCUUUAUUGAGAAAAUGAAGAAAACGAACCGAAACAUUGUGGUGUUUUAUGGAUCCCAAACAGGGACUGCUGAGGAAUUUUCUAACAGGCUGGCAAAAGAUGCCCAACGCUACGGCAUGAAAGGCAUGGCCGCGGACCCAGAGGAGUAUGACCUGUCCGAGCUUUCCAGACUGAAAGAGAUUUCUAAUUCUAUGGCUGUGUUCUGCAUGGCAACCUAUGGAGAAGGAGACCCCACAGACAACGCUCAGGAGUUCUACGACUGGAUGCAAGGGACUGAUGAUGAUCUAGAGGGGGUCAAUUUUGCUGUGUUUGGUUUAGGAAAUAAAACAUAUGAGCACUUCAAUGCCACAGGCAAGUAUACAGACAAGAGGCUUGCUGAACUGGGGGGAAAUAGGGUCUUUGACCUGGGGCUCGGGGAUGACGACAGCAAUUUGGAAGAUGAUUUUAUCUCUUGGAAAGAACAGUUUUGGCCUGCAGUAUGUGAGUUCUUUGGUGUGGAGGCCACGGGAGAAGACAGCAGCAUUCGGCAGUUUGAACUGGUGGUCCAUAAUGACAUCAAUAUGAAUGAAGUGUACACCGGAGAGAUGGGGCGGCUCAAAAGCUUUCAGACACAGAAACCACCGUUUGAUUCAAAGAAUCCUUUCCUUGCAACUGUUACUGGUAAUCGUAGACUGAAUGAAGGAGGAAAUCGACACCUGAUGCACAUUGAGUUAGAUAUCAAAGACUCUAAAAUCAGAUAUGAUUCUGGAGAUCAUGUUGCUGUUUACCCCACAAAUGAUGCAGCGGUGGUCAACAGAAUAGGAGAGAGACUUGGAGUAGAUCUUGAUACUGUAAUCUCGCUUAAAAAUCUGGAUGAGGAAUCCAAUAAAAAGCACCCGUUUCCUUGUCCAACCACAUACCGCACGGCACUGACUCAUUACCUUGACAUCAACAACACGCCUCGCACAAACGUGCUGUAUGAGCUAGCACAGUACGCCUCUGAUCCGCAAGAGCAAGAAAACAUGCGCAAGAUGGCAUCUGCUUCAACUGAAGGAAAGGCUUUGUACCAGAGUUGGGUUUUGGAUUCUCAGAGGAACAUACUAGCUAUUCUAGAGGAUCUACCUUCCCUGAAUCCUCCUAUAGAUCACCUGUGUGAGCUCCUUCCUCGACUUCAGGCUCGAUACUAUUCCAUUGCUUCUUCCAGCAAGGUCUAUCCAACCUCUAUCCACAUUUGUGCUGUGGUGAUAGAGUACGCCACCAAGACAGAAAGAGUCUUCAAGGGUGUGGCCACCAACUGGCUUAAGAACAAAGAAGUGACCGAUAAUGGCCAUAAGCACACCGUUCCCAUGUAUGUUAGGAGAUCCCAAUUCCGCCUGCCGUUCAAACCCAGUAACCCUGUAAUCAUGAUCGGGCCUGGUACUGGCAUCGCCCCCUUCAUGGGCUUCAUCCAAGAGAGAGCAUGGCAGAAGGAACAAGGGAAGGAAGUUGGUGAGACGAUACUGUACUUUGGUUGUCGCCAUAAGAACGAAGACUUCCUGUAUCAGCAGGAACUGGAGGAGUUUGAGCGGGAAGGUGUUUUGACACAGCUUAACGUUGCCUUUUCCAGAGACCAGGAGCACAAGAUCUAUGUGCAACAUCUUCUGAAGAAAAACAAGGAGCAGUUGUGGAAGCUCAUUCAUUCAAAUAAUGCCCAUAUCUAUGUUUGUGGAGAUGCACGUAACAUGGCUCGGGACGUGCACACGGCCUUCUAUGAGAUCGCAGAGGAGGUGGGCGGCCUGACGCACACUCAAGCUGUGGACUAUUUCAAGAAGCUGAUGACCAAGGGCCGGUACUCGCAGGAUGUUUGGAGCUAAGCUUGAUAAACCAAUGUUUGCCAUUUUACCUCAAGCCAUCAUUUCUCUAAAAGCUAGAGCUAAAACAUUGAAUUUGCCUGGACUGAUUGGUUAUAUAAUAAGAGUUGUGAUGAAAGAUACUGCACUCCAACAUCACACAAAAGCAUGGUUUAAAAUCAUUCCUUCACAUGAUUUUAGGAUAUUUAAUGUAUUGCAACAGGAAACUGAUUUGACUGCAUUUGAACCCUAAGUAUCAUUGGAUGUUCAUGUAUACAAAUGUAGGUCAAGGAUACAAAAUGCUUUUUUUUUUUUUUAAGUGAGGCCUUAUAAAGAAUAUUCAUAUAUAAAUGUUGUCAUACUCUUUCUAUUGUUUUAUCUCUGUGAAAAGACUGCAAGUAUCACUUUGUGACAUACUGUAAAAUUUUAGAGUUUGUUUCUGUGAUAUUGUGUAUCAAAACAUCCUACAAUAUGUUACAGGAAAUUAACAUUUAAGGUCAGUUUUUUGUUGUUGUUUUUUUUGAUCAUGUGAUGUUUGUUCAUUCUCAUUUCCUGUGGUUUCAAGAGGUUUAGCCACUCUUUUUAUGCAUUACUUCAUACUAACGUUAAGUAGCAUGGAAUGAGCAAUUAUGCAAUCAGCAUGACUCCCAUCUUUGGGUGAAGUGUUACAUUCUGUUUGUCAAUUUUUUUUCGCCCAAGUUUUAGCAAGUGGUCAUGUUAAUUGUCACAGAAGUAUGUAUUUUCCUAACAUUUUAAAAGGUGCAUUUAUGAAAAGAAAAGUAAGUUCUCUUAUUUUCUUAGGCUUUUCGCGGCUGAUGUAUACAUUUUCUACUGAUUUCUACUCCUGAUUAUAGAAUUAACUCCUAAAUUCAUCCCCCUAGUGAGCCAAAGCUGAAACUGCAUUGCCCAGCAUGGCAUGGCGGUCUUAAAAUGAAUCAAGCUUGAAUUGGUGUCAUUUUAAAACUUAAUGCAUUAAUACAGCUUGAAAAGAGAAAUGUCAUUGUCAGGUGUUUUGUGCAAAAUUUUCAUCUAAGUCAUGCAAUGUUUGACAAUUAAAGAAAAUGCACAAA